CACUCUCAGCCGGUCAGCCAGGGAGAUGCGGGCGUAGGGCGAGGGGGCUGCGUUUUGCAGCCCUAGGAGGCGUGCAGGCGAAGUGGCCGGGUCUGCACUGUCCCUGCGUCUGCCCGUGGCCCGGGUGGCCCGACGUGCUGCAGUGCCUGGCGCAGGUGAUCCGGGCAGCGCGUCCGGCUCUAGUCAGGGGGGCAGCAUCACGGGAGGGAGAGGCGCCCCCUCUUUUCUCCUGCCCCUGCAGCCUGCCUAACACUGCACGAGGGCUUUCCUCAUUCAGCAGUGCUUGGGGGCGCACUAAUUAGCAGGUGACAUCUCCGUGCUCCAGCACCCUACCCCUGGCCAGGCCUGCGCCCCCCGGGGCUUCCAUCCUGCAGAUUCACCUCCCCAUCUCCCUCGCUCACACACGCUCCCCUCAGCCGCGCGCCGCAAACUCAGUCUCGGUCCCGGCAGGUGAUGUCAUGCCCAUUGUUUUGGUGCGCCCAACCAAUCGGACUCACCGCCUGGAUUCUACCGGAGCCGGCAUGGGCCCUUCCUCGCACCAGCAGCAGGAGUCCCCGCUCCCGACCAUAACGCAUUGCGCAGGGUGCACCACCGCCUGGUCUCCCUGCAGCUUUAACAGCCCUGACAUGGAAACCCCAUUGCAGUUCCAGCGCGGCUUCUUCCCAGAGCAGCCGCCGCCGCCGCCGCGCUCCUCACACCUGCAUUGCCAGCAGCAGCAACAGAGCCAGGACAAGCCGUGCCCACCCUUCGCGCCCCUCCCGCACCCUCACCACCACCCGCACCUCGCGCACCAGCAGCCGGGCAGCGGCGGCAGCAGCCCAUGCCUCCGGUGCAACAGCUGCGCCUCCUCCGGUGCCCCGGCGGCGGGGGCGGGGGCGGGGGAUAACCUGUCCCUGCUGCUCCGCACCUCCUCGCCCGGCGGCGCCUUCCGGACCCGCACCUCCUCGCCGCUAUCGGGCUCCUCGUGCUGCUGCUGCUGCUCCUCGCGCCGGGGCAGCCAGCUCAAUGUGAGCGAGCUGACGCCGUCCAGCCAUGCCAGUGCGCUCCGGCAGCAGUACGCGCAGCAGCCGGCGUCCGCCUCCCAGUACCACCAGUGCCACAGCCUGCAGCCCGCCGCCAGCCCCACGGGCAGCCUCGGCAGCCUGGGCUCCGGGCCCCCGCUCUCGCACCACCACCACCACCACUCGCACCCAGCGCACCACCAGCACCACCAGCCCCAGGCGCGCCGCGAGAGCAACCCCUUCACCGAAAUAGCCAUGAGCAGCUGCAGGUACAACGGGGGCGUCAUGCGGCCGCUCAGCAACUUGAGCGCGUCCCGCCGGAACCUACACGAGAUGGACUCAGAAGCUCAGCCCCUGCAGCCACCCGCGUCCGUCGGAGGUGGUGGCGGCGCGUCCUCUCCGUCUGCCGCCGCCGCCGCCGCCGCCUCGUCCUCAGCCCCCGAGAUCGUGGUGUCUAAGCCCGAACACAACAACUCCAACAACCUGGCGCUCUAUGGGGCCGCCGGCGGCGGUGGUGGCGGCGGCGGCGGCAGCAGCAGCGGUACCAAGACUAGCAAGAAGAAGAACCAGAACAUCGGCUACAAGCUGGGCCACCGGCGCGCCUUGUUCGAAAAGCGCAAGCGGCUCAGCGACUACGCGCUCAUCUUCGGCAUGUUCGGCAUCGUGGUCAUGGUCAUCGAGACCGAGCUGUCGUGGGGCGCUUACGACAAGGCGUCGCUGUAUUCCUUAGCUCUGAAAUGCCUUAUCAGUCUCUCCACGAUCAUCCUGCUCGGUCUGAUCAUCGUGUACCACGCCAGGGAAAUACAGUUGUUCAUGGUGGACAAUGGAGCAGAUGACUGGAGAAUAGCCAUGACUUAUGAGCGUAUUUUCUUCAUCUGCUUGGAAAUACUGGUGUGUGCUAUUCAUCCCAUACCCGGGAAUUAUACGUUCACGUGGACAGCCCGGCUUGCCUUCUCCUAUGCCCCGUCCACAACCACCGCUGAUGUGGAUAUUAUUUUAUCUAUACCAAUGUUCUUAAGACUCUAUCUGAUUGCCAGAGUCAUGCUUUUACAUAGCAAACUGUUCACUGAUGCCUCUUCUAGAAGCAUUGGAGCGCUUAAUAAGAUAAACUUCAAUACACGUUUUGUUAUGAAGACUUUAAUGACUAUAUGCCCAGGAACUGUACUCUUGGUUUUUAGUAUCUCGUUAUGGAUAAUUGCCGCAUGGACUGUCCGAGCUUGUGAAAGGUACCAUGACCAGCAGGAUGUUACCAGCAACUUCCUUGGAGCAAUGUGGUUGAUAUCAAUAACCUUUCUCUCCAUUGGUUAUGGGGACAUGGUACCCAACACGUACUGUGGGAAAGGCGUCUGUUUGCUUACUGGAAUCAUGGGUGCUGGUUGCACGGCCCUGGUGGUAGCUGUAGUGGCAAGGAAGCUAGAACUUACCAAAGCAGAAAAACACGUGCACAAUUUCAUGAUGGAUACUCAGCUGACUAAAAGGGUGAAAAACGCAGCUGCCAAUGUACUCAGGGAAACAUGGCUAAUUUACAAAAAUACAAAGCUAGUAAAAAAGAUAGAUCAUGCGAAAGUGAGGAAACACCAGCGGAAAUUCUUGCAAGCUAUUCAUCAAUUAAGAAGUGUAAAAAUGGAGCAGAGGAAACUGAAUGACCAAGCAAAUACCUUGGUGGACUUGGCCAAGACCCAGAAUAUCAUGUAUGACAUGAUUUCUGACCUAAAUGAGCGGAGUGAAGACUUCGAGAAGAGGAUUGUGACCCUGGAAACAAAACUAGAGACUCUGAUCGGGAGCAUCCACGCCCUCCCUGGGCUCAUAAGCCAGACCAUCCGGCAGCAGCAGCGGGACUUCAUCGAGGCUCAGAUGGACAGCUACGACAAGCACGUCCCCUACAACGCCGAGCGGUCCCGGUCCUCGUCCCGGAGGCGGCGGUCCUCCUCGACAGCGCCACCAACUUCAUCAGAGAGUAGCUAGAAGAGAAUAAGUUAACCACAAAAUAAGACUUUUUGCCAUCAUAUGGUCAAUAUUUUAGCUUUUAUUGUAAAGCCCCUAUGGUUCUAAUCAGCGUUAUCCGGGUUCUGAUGUCAGAAUCCUGGGAACCUGAACACUAAGUUUUAGGCCAAAAUGAGUGAAAACUCUUUUUUUUUUCCUUCAGAUGCACAGGGAAUGCACCUAUUAUUGCUAUAUAGAUUGUUCCUCCUGUAAUUUCACUAACUUUUUAUUCAUGCACUUCAAACAAACUUUACUACUACAUUAUAUGAUAUAUAAUAAAAAAGUUAAUUUCUGCACAUA